AUGCGUAGGCGGCAACGCGCAGUCGCGGCGGCGGGAAUCGGAGGCGACGACGGUGCAGUCGCGGCGGCCGAAAUUGCGGGUGACGGGGGUGCAGUCGCGGCGGCGGGACGUGCAGGCGACAACGGGGCACUCGCGGCGGUUGGAUGUGCAGGCGGCGAUGUGCAGUCGCGGCGGCAACAAUGCGCAGUCGCGGCGGCCGGUACAGCAGGUGGCGACGACGUGGUCGCGGCGGCGGGAAGGGCAGGCGGCGACGAGAAGGUCGCGGCGGCGGAAGUGCCAGGCGGCGACGGCGUGGUCGCGGUGGCUGGAAGGGCAGGCGGCGACGAAAAGGUCGCGGCGGUGGGAUCAGAGGGCGGCGAUGUAGCGGUCGCGGCAGUGGAAUCCGCGGGUGGAGAUGCACGGGCGGCGAAAUCAGAGAUGGGGGAGGGGGGGGACGACGGCGAUGGAAAGAUCGUGGUGGGAAGGGAGGACAACGGCGACGGUGAUGUCGCGGCAUGA